CUACGCUGGUGACUCACACAUCUGCCACAGCUCGAGUCUAGGAUCGGAUUUGUGGAUAGCGCUCUACGGUUUGCUGUACUCUGGUCACCCGAGAAGGAGGAGUGUUUGAGGUCUGACGUUCACUACGUCUAGGAGUUCUUGCCGGGUUUCUCAGGAGGAUUAUUACUCAGAGUGAUGAUUUCAAUCUCUUGAUCCCUCCGUUCUUGCAAUUCUCCUGUUUAGAGCACAGGGAGAAACUCGCAGAGGGUUGCCCCGGGCAUGAGUUCAGGAUCAUCGAACUCCACGCAGAAAUGUUGCCGAUGUUGGAGUUGCGCUUUUCCGGGUCUUAAGUCUAAAUUGGAAGCUCUCGCGUAGAGGCGGGUUGCCAUGCCGCUUCCAUUCGUACUAUAUUUCGCUGUCUGAGAACUCCUGGCGCACAGAGGCAGCUGGCUGAGUCCGACAUCACCAUAACCAUAUUCUUUGCUCAAAUCGAUGGGUGUGUUAUGUGUGCCGCGUCGAUCGCUGAAGCCAUCUGAUCAUACGCUGCUUGUACCGGUGUCGUUGUCGAUGCGAGUGUCUCAGCCAAUUUUGGGUCUAGAGUUGCCCGUAUCUCGUGAGGAGACGGAGACCUGUUUCUGGCAGCUUCACUUCGUCUAUGAUUUUCCUUCUUGAUUGGGUCCAAUGGACACAACGUACACCAUCGAAUUUUCCUACACUCGGAGCACGACCGAAGUAGACAUGUUGGGCAUGGAUUACCCGAGCAAGGCGACGGAGAAAGGCAUUCCUCCUCUGGCAUAUCAGAUUCUAACAACAACAGGUGGGGUAGCUGUUAUCUGGUGUAUUUUUCAUCAUGUCUGGUACGUUUUGGGCGGAGUUGGGUUCGCAUUGGGUUUGACACUUCUGGACUACAAGUGCAAUGGGCCACGAUCAGUUCGAGAGCAUUGUCAUAGUCUCAAGUAUCUUUUCGUCGUAGUGGGUGGGAGCGUCUCCACAUGGCUCGUGAGUAAUCACCCCUGGUAUGUGGUCACCGGUGCUGUCUCUGCGGCUGUCACCAACUGGUGGGAUUUUACCAUGACAUACAGUGCAGAGUUUCCGUCUCUAUUCCUCUCUGUGGGGGUUGGAUCACACGGCUACACUCAGUGGAUUCUUUUCAAUUACGUUUGGAGUCGAUAUCUUCUCUUCGCACUUCUUGUGGCAGUUUUCAUCGUCAGGUUUAAUGACGGGUUUGUGGACUACUCCUCCAGAGCCACCUUGGGAGGCUUUUUUACAGGAGUUCUAUGGCUUCUUGUGAAUUACUCCUUCAGUCGUUACGUCCUAGUUGGGGUGGCUUUCGCCUCAGUGGCGAGCUGGGCGAAUCACAAGCCCACGACUCUCACAAGAAGUGGUUUGAUUGCAGGGGCAGUUGGUGGAAUCUGCUGGCUCCUUCUGCAUCACUCUCUUAGUUGGUACUUUUUCUUCGGGUACUGUCUAGCCGUUGCAAUCCGUUCGAUGACGACGACUCCGGAUAUGGCAUUCUGGUUCAUAGCCGGAGGUGGGGGAGCUGCCACUCUUUGGCUUCUGGUGAACGAUACAUGGUUCUUCGCCGUGGGGCUCGUCAUAGCCGCAGCGUCAGCGUUGAUGGCAAGCUUUGAUGAAAACGACUUUCCUUUGUAUACAUUUUGGCUCUUCACAGGUAUCGGAAGCAUGUCAACAUGGAUAUUCUUCAAUUACUCAGUUGGCAUAAUUUCGAGCGCCUGGGAUGGGCUAUGGCAUUACGUCGAAAGCAUCUGGACAUUGUACAUUAUAUUGGGGGCCUUGACUUUCCUCUCUGCUGUCAAUAGCUUGAAGUUGAAAGGUGGUCCUGCUGCAGCAUGUGCAGGAGGAGCCCUUUUCGCCGUGUAUAUUAUUUUAAAUUUCUCCUGGCCGCGGUACUCUCUUCUCGGGAUGGUGGUCGCUUGCUACGUUGGUGGUGCUAUAAAUGACAUACAAAAGUUUCCAACCUCGUCAUUCCUCCUGACUGCAGUUGGAGCAGGUGGAAUCCCCUGGUUGCUCAUGAACGACCAUGUGUCAGUAAUAGUAGCUCUCUCACUAGCAGUAGGAGUCUGUAUAUUUUUAGCGCUUCACACAAUUUUGAGGAAGCUUGGUGGAACUAACUUGGUCAUGACCGGGUUGGUGUUAUACUUGAUAGUGUCACAUGCAAUGUCCAGUGAUAAUCGCUUGACUGCUUGUACUUCCUUAGAAGAGGUCGGCAAGCAAACGUGUCUUCAAAACGUUUGUUCAUGCUGAAAGGGUUGCAGCGUUUUCCCUAGUAUCAGUCUUUGACUGAUUACAUUUAUGGAUAUAGUAGUGAGGGCUUUCUUUGACUAAGCCCAGACAUUCCUGGUCAAAAUGGCGUUUCUGUUAACAGGUAUAGCUGAAAUACCAUACAGAGUAGCAUCAGUAGAAAGGACAAAUUAACCAGUGGUGCUCAAGGUGUCGAUUCCUCUUAUCUUUAUCUGACGACCGAGCAAGUGUAGAUUUCAUCAUUUAUCAGAGGUGACACAGUUAGUCAUACUGGGGAGAGUGUAUCAGUUCUUCCCAAGUGGAGAACUCCUUCCUGUUAGUGAACACCACCGUGCAGCUAGUAUUGAAUCUUUGCCAUGGAUGGAAACCUUAAAGAGCUUUCAAUGAAGGGUCCAUGGAAUCAGGAGCGACAGACUGCGUGGAAUAUCGCAGGGCCUGUUAAACAAGAAUUCACGACUUUGAGGUCCUUAGCGAAGGUGUCCUCAGCUUCUUUUCAGGUGGCAGAAAGUCUUACAUGACAAAGAUGAGAAGCCUUUGGAGCUUAUCCGGUGGAUGGAAACCUUUAGAUACUGGACGGUCUUGCAACCUUGACGGCUGAGGUUGGACGUGUUCUGAGGUAGUAAUUGGGAGAAAGCUUCUACUGAUGGAAAAUGCCUUUUGCAAGGUCGGAUGACGCGGAAAGCAGCUGCUUUUGUUUACAGAGAAGCGUGAAGCUGAGCAGCUUGCCUGAAACGUCUGGCAAAAAGUACGGAGGGAACGGUCGGAGACCACUCUAUGGAUCUGCUACGCAAGUCGUGCAGCUGACCGAUUCGAUUUUGCAGAAAGCUACAUCAUGUAACGUAGUGUUAGUUCUGAGUGUUGUCGAACAAGAUUGUAGAGUUAGUUUACCCGUUUGCCAAGGAGAGCAUGGAGGGUUUACCUGUCAACUAGACAGAUGUAUCAUGAAUAUUUAUCAGGACAGUCAAAAGGAAAGUUUGAAGAGAGUAUAUAGCUCGAGGUAGAUGGAGUAUCUUUACCUGUGUGGUGUUUCCGAUGCAAAAAUCCACGAACCAGUAAGUAAAGUGGUUUCCAUUGUACAUUCCUAGCUCACACCUCCGAACUUGAUCUAUAAUAUUAGUCAGUAUUUUUGAACAAAGG